GGAAAGAAUCGUUACACAAGCCAGCAUCUAUAGUGAAAACAUCGUUGCCGAUGAGGGGCCCCGGACAACAACCGAAGAAUGUAGCGAAGGCCUGUGCUAUCACCACCAAGGAACGUACAUGCAAGCUCUGCGGAUCCGGAAUCCAUCCAGUAUUCAAGUGCGACGCCUUCCGGAAGAUGACCAUCGCUCAACGCCAAGCCAAGGUCAUUUAUUAGAUCACCAAACUCCUGUCCUACUGAUUUACCAUAGUGUAUAGACAUUAUAAGGAAUUUUACCGGACACCAGAAUGAUGUGGCACUCUCCGAAGAAAACCAAGACCACGCUUUCAACGUUUACUAUGUCUCCCAUAUGGUCACAUAUGGUGUGCCGGCCGGAUCGUAAAGGUAGAGCCGUCAAUGUCCAAGCUGCCGCUCAGUUUAAUACCAUCCGUCCAGCGGUAAUGACCAUAACUAAACAGAGCUCCUGUCAGGUCUUCUGCAGGCGGUUCUUCAUCUGUAUUCUUAUCAUCGCCGUAGUUGUCUUGUCGUCGAUCGUAUACGCCAUCUACAGCUAUGCGUCUAAUGUGGCGGACGUCUGUCACAGUAAAGAAUGCCUCCGUUCGGCAGCCGCCUUCAAGCAGAACAUGGACCUCAGCGUUGAUCCGUGCGAUGACUUCUACUCCUAUGUCUGCGGAAAUUGGGCCGACGAUCAUCCACGCCCGGAACGGCACGGGGCGUACAGCUGGUAUGACGAGCGGCAAACCAAAAUCUACCGAAACAUUCGAACCCAGCUGGAGACCAACAUCAGCCGUUCGGAUCCGAAACCGGUCGCACAAGCCAAAUCUAUGUACAAGGCAUGCCUCAGCGAAGCAAAUCGGGAACGCUACGGUUACACCGCCGUUCAGCGAUAUCUGCGCGAGUUCGAUCUUCCGUUGACUCCGACGUUGCUGAACCGGACCAAGACCUCCUUUCGGAAAUAUAAAUUCGAUUGGAUCAGCUCGGUUGCGAAGAUCCAGCGAAAACUGGGUCUGAACGUGAUAGUGGGUUUUGAUAUUGAGCAGGACCAUCAGGACAAGAAUCGGAACCGAUUGACUUUGGAAUACCACUACAGACCUAAUGAAUUGCGAUUUCCCGCCUACGAAUGGUCCAAGCUGAAGACACCGGCUCACAAUCGACGUACAGCGCAGCAUUCUAGCUCUGAAGAUACAGACGAAUCGGAUAACGAAUCCACCGAGGAUGAAGAUGAAGACGAAGAUGAUGAUGCGGACGAUGAAGAUGGAAUAGAUAUCAGCGAUCUGGCAGAGUCCUUCGCAAAAAUUAUUGCAGCCAUCAAUCCAAGUAUCGACACCAGCGAGAUGGACGAUAAGAUGAACAUUUUGGCAGAACAAUUUACAGAGUUUCAUCGAUCACUGCCUAAGCCCCUAGAUUCAGAAGAUGAGAGCAAACCCAAGUACUAUACUGUUAAACAGCUUCAAACGUUGACAGAUACACUCAUAAAACCCAAGAAACCCUAUCCAGUUUGGCAACACUAUUUGGACGAACUGUUUGCCAAUGAAAGCGACGCCAAACCUGCUAUCGAUGAACAUUUGCAACUGACUCCGGAGAACGUUGAAUUCCUCGGAAAGCUGAUCGACGUAGUCUCCGAGCAGCCUCCGGUUCUGAUCGAACUGUACAUUUGGGGAACGGUAGCUUCGUUUCUGGUGGAGCACGAGUUUAACGACGCCAGACUGGAGGAGGACUGCGCCCAGGUCGUCCACAAGCUGAUGGGAUUGGCCGUCAGCUAUGCGAUAGCGGAUAAGAGUUUCCUGGAACAAACCAAGCCCCGUAUAGAGCAGAUGUUGGCUGACAUACGAAACGAGUUCGACCAGAUGGUGCUGGAAACGGAUUGGAUGGACGCUUACACCAAAUACGCAUCGCUGGAGAAAUCCAUGGCCAUGAAGUCGCUGAUCGGCUUUCCGGAGUGGAUUUUGGAUGUCGAGAAACUGGAGGAACACUAUCGUGGGUUGCGGAUCAGUCCAGCUCAUCAUUUGGAGAAUUGGGUUACCGCUUUGGAGUUCAUGAAUAUGGGGUGGCUGCGGUCAUGGCGGGUCAAAAAUAAUAAAGUGUGGGACAUGGAUCCCACGGUGGUCAAUGCGUACAAUAUUUUCGAUCGGAAUGCUAUUAAUAUUCCUGUAGCUAUAAUUCAGUACCCAUUCUACUACCUUGGGUUAGAUGCAUUAAACUAUGGAGCUCUUGGAGAGGUUUUGGGUCAUGAGCUUACCCAUGGAUUUGAUAACGCAGGCCGCCACUAUGACAAAUACGGCAACGAAAAGCGAUGGUGGUCCAACCAUACCCUGCAAGAAUACGACAAGCGGGCUCGCUGUCUGGAGGAUCAAUACAGCUCGUACUACGUUCAAGAGGCGAAGGCCUUCAUCAAUGGAACACUGACACUGGGUGAGAACAUUGCCGAUAACGGGGGACUUCGGGAAGCUUUUCGUGCCUAUCGGGCGUAUGUCAGACGCAAUGGUCCUGAAGAAGUGCUGCCAGGAUUCGACGACUUUACACACGAGCAGUUGUUGUUCAUAUCGUUUGGGAAUCAAUACUGCGAAACUGUUAGUCCAGCGGUAGCCAAGUAUCUGGUAGAAGACGAACACAGCCCGUCCAAGUUCCGUGUUCUGGGAGUUCUGAGUAAUAUGCCGGAAUUCAGUGAGGCAUUCCAAUGUCCGGCUGGUAGCAGGAUGAAUCCGAAGCAAAAAUGUCGAGUGUGGUAAGACGUUAGAACUAAGUUCUUCAGCCCUAACAGUGAAAAUAUGAAAUAAAUGUUUCAUGCUUAAAGAAUGUCGUUAGUGCCGGAAAUAGAUACGAAAACCUCCAUUACAGCUCUAGGCGUAGAU